UUAAUGUUUUUUUUGAGCUCAUACAGUAGUGGGACUUGCUAACAGCUGCUCAAGCUUUACAACUCAAACGUAUCUGGUUAACGAAUCCAUUUACUCACUAAACUACCGCGUGUCAAAAACCGUUGAAUGCAAUAUUUAACAACUCUGAACUGUCUGGUAUUCCAGCUUCACCGAGCUCAGCCUAAGAGAAUUUACUAACACUAUACCUAGUAAGCGCAAUGCUUCGCUGAAUCUAUCACUAAAUCGAUAUCGCGACCCAAUGAGAAGAUCCCGCGAGAAACUAGGAAUUCUUUCUACGGGUUAGGCUGCACGUCGAACUCUUCAUCGCAUUCGACAUGUUUGAUAUGUGUGUGAAUGAUGCAAUUUAAAUUUUUGGCAGGUCUAACUUUUAUUACACGAUGUUAGUCCCUGGAAGUCGUGGAAGUCAGCCGUGAACUAUUAUCUCAUGUUCAAGUUGUUUUUGGGUUCGGGUCACUACUUACGUCCAACCAUGCAGUGCAAAAGAAGACUAUUAAUACAGGGACGCGCAAACAUUGACUUCUCAUAACGGCCAUCUUGGUGAAGCGAUAGUUUUCAAAUUUGAUAUGAACACAUAUUUAAUUUUAGUUGUGACAUUACACGUCCUUGUUUCUUCAAAGAUGCGCAAGGAGUCGCACUCACUGUCAAUGGCGACCGAUAUCGGACGACAAUGACAAACUUUGCAGCCUAGGAUAGACUGUAUGGAUCUCACAAAAAUGUGGUUCCAACAGGACGGCACCACUUGCCAUACAGCACGGGAAACAUUAAGUUUAUUGGAUGUGAAAUUUGAUGGCUGGUAUGGUGGCGACAUCAACUGGCCACCGAUAUCGUGUGACUUAACACCGUUCAACUACUUUCUGUGGGGUUACGUGAAAUCUCUAGUCUAUGCAGACAAGCCACAGACUAUUGCCCCCCUGAAGGCCAACAUAACUCGCGCUCUUCGUGAAAUUGAGCCUCAUUUCUGCGAGGAUGUAAAAUUAGUCCACCAGGAUACACCACCUACGGCGGAGUCGCGGCGGCCAUUUGGCUGAAAUUAUAUUCCAUACAUAAUGUCAUCGAAUACCUUUUAAAAUAAAAUAUAAAUUGUGGCAAUAUCACUUAAACAGGUUUAUUUAUUUAUUUUCAAGUUUGAGCGCCCUUAAUGAAAAACCCUUUAGUAGGUAAUACUUUUUUAUAAGACGAAAGUUUUCAUUAAUGUCUAAUGUAACUUUGACACUUUGGUCAUGACAAUUAUUGACAUUGACAUUUAGCCACUACUGUUGAGAAAAUUAUUUCGUUUUCUUUCUUCAUGGAAAUUAAUUUGCAAUAUUUUUUCUUUUUCAACGCAUAAUUUAAUUAUCAAAAAAUAUUGAAAUAAAUCUCAGAAAACAAUCAUUGAAUUAGUAAAAUUGAAAAUGACUGAUAAAGUUGACCAAUACUACGACGUUGCUUUGUCCCUGGUAAAAACUUGUGGAAACCUUAUUAGUGAGCACAUUAAUGGUUGUAAAUCCUUCGUACUGAAAUCAUGUGACAUAGAUCUGGUGACUGAAAUAGAUAAAAAAGUUGAAGACACACUGGUUGGCGGUCUUUCUAAAGCCUUUCCCGACCACAAGUUUAUUGGUGAGGAGUCAGUCGCAGACGGGACGAAAUGCGAGUUGACAGACUCACCAACAUGGAUCAUCGAUCCAGUUGAUGGAACAAUGAACUUCGUGCACGGUUUUCCGCACAGCUCAAUAUCGGUGGGCCUCACAAUUAAUAAGGAGCCAGUUGUUGGUAUUAUCUAUAAUCCUAUCUUAGGGCAGAUGUUUACUGCUAAGAAAGGUCAAGGUGCCUUCUUAAAUGAGACACAAAUUCAUGUGUCACAAGUUAAAGAGUUUGCCACGGCUUUAGUCACAUUUGAAGCAGGUACGAGUCGAGACCCUGAGAGAUUUAAGGCUGUGAUGGAGAACUAUAAGAUUCUGGUCAGUAAAGGGCAUGGAGUGAGAACAUUGGGUUCAGCUGCACUGAAUAUGGCUAUGGUGGCUUUAGGAGGGGCUGAUGCUUAUUUUGAAUUUGGUAUUCAUGCUUGGGAUGUUGCAGCAGGAACUGUUUUGGUGAGGGAAGCUGGUGGAGUGGUCAUUGAUCCUGCUGGUGGACCAUUUGACAUAUUGUCUAGGAGAAUACUCAGUGCCAGUACAAUGGAAUUAGCAGAAGAGAUCUCAAAAAAUAUAGUUCAGUUUUAUCCUGAGAGAGAUUAAAUUCCCUCAUAGUUUGUGAAAUGAAUUAGAAAUUUUAAAACCAUUUUAUUUUAAUAAAUUUUAAACUCAAUAUGAAAUUAGAUAGAAUUUCUUGAUUUAAUACAUAAAUGUUAAUACCACAAAGCAAAUUUAUAAAACUACAUGAAUAAGCAAAUUAUAAACUCAUUUUAGUCUACAAAAUAUGACACACCUGUGCCCAUGUUAGAAUCCAGGUGUUAGAAUAAGGGUUUCAAUUGUCUAAUGAGAACCCUCAAAAAUUAUAAUAUGCACAGUUACUAGUGGAAGGACGUUUUGUGAGUCUGCACAGGUACGUACUGCCCCCCCUUUCCUAUUUUUGCCGUGAAGCAGUAAUGCAUUUCGGUUUGAAGGGUGGGGCAACCUUUGGACUAAAAACUGAGACCUAAGAACUAAUAUCUCAAGGUAGGUAGGGGAAUUUGCGUUGUAGAUGUCUAUGGGCUCCUGUGGCUUUUAGCUGAUAUUUAUGGGCCCCAGUACCAAUAGGUGGUUCGUGAGCUUGUCCACCCAUCAAAACUAUACAAUAAUAGUUAUAAUAAUGAUUACUACUUUUGGUGCAUUUUAUAUGCAUUUCUUUUAAAAAAGUGAAGGUCAUGAGAGAAUUUUAAUUUAUUAAAAAUGUACUUGUAAAUACUUGAUCAAAUCAUUAUAGUAUUUUUAUUUAUGUUUACAACUCACAAAAUGAAGAUACAUGUUCUUUAUAAAAAAAUGUGGCUUAAUCUCACGUUUGUUGUUUCUGAAGUUUUUAAUUCUUUACGGUUUGUAUGGCCACAGAUGACUAACAGUACUGAGACCUUAGAUCUACCCUCUCAAGGUACGUGGCGGCAUUUUCGUUGUUGAUGCUGUGGUUUCCGGUAACCCCUUCACACCAGGUGGGCCUGAGAGCGUCCACCCAUCACAGCAAUAAGAAAAGAAGAACUUAGCUGAAACCUUAAAUAUUAAAAUUAUUAUGUUAAAUAUUUAAUUUUAUAGUUUUAACUAAUUUUAGACAGCAGUUUUACUGUUUUAUGAAUAUAGGUAAUAUCUCAUACUGGCUAGUCGUAAGCUUAUAUGUUUUUCAUUACUGAAAAGUAAAUGUUUAGUAUUGUAUAUUAAAAUCUCAUCCCUAAAUGAGUAGCUGUGUAGUAAAAAAAACAGUUCUGUUACACAGAUGGUGUUUGAUGGUGAAAAGUGAGAUUGUUAGUUUACCCUAUGGUAUAGUUAUGUAGCAAUAUUAUGUAGAGUAAUAUUCAAUUUAUAUUUUAUCUAAUUUUCUCUCGCUUUGAUUUGUGUUAAUAUUAUUUAAAAAAUAAAAUUGUGUAAAAACGGUCAA